GAAACCAAACAAGUAACACCACCCGGUUCUGGUGUAAAACUUUUCUCCUAUCCGUCGUUGUCGCGCGUUUUUCCAGCCGUGUUUUGUCGCAAACCGUAGUCCGAAAACUGUCCGACCGAGAGCUGGGUGAUCGCGCAUCUCAGCUAGCGAAGUUCGAUCACGUGUUCUCAGCUAAUUACCUGCGUGAGCACUCGAGACGAUCAUUAGUGUGAAUUAAAACCGAACAAAUCAAAGCAACCGACGAACUUCCAGCUACGAUUGCUACGAUUACUUUCUCGACAGUUUUUCAUCCCAGGAAGCAGCUAACAAAUCGUCUCGACAACGGCGGAGGCGUGCAACUCUUGUCGAUUCACAGCAAAAGUGACUUGACUUUAGUGUGUGCUUUAGUUUUUUCACCCUCAAGAAAAAAAUCGGAGUACAAUUUCCCAGCCACCACGCAACCAUUGUUAGCCCCGGGGCACCUUUCACGGUAGCACCCUUGGUAAAAACAAUAACCAGUCAAACAGCAGCACCUUGCGGAUUGAUGCGAAACUAUCCCACAACUCCGCUGUGGUGCGAAAGGGCAACGGCAGGCAACCGGCGGGGACGUGCAAAAAAUUUUCAUCUCUCGCUCAUAAAUUAACUUAAUCACAGUUUUAUCCACAUUUGUGUAACUUUUGCAUGCCGGCUGAGCAGAGCACCAAGCCGAGACAAGGCCUGCUUUAGAAGUGUAUUUCGUUGUGUAUGAGUGUGUGUUACUUUUUUCUCCGCUUGGUAGCUCGGUAGCUAAUUAUCUUGGUAGGCCAAGAACAGACCUCCUCUCCUAUCCGGGCGGACGAAAAUAAACUCAUAAACGAAACGUACCAAUUUGUGGCGGUCGGUCGCGUCUUGUUUUUAUCCUUCGGUAGCUUCAUUUUUUGCUGUGAAAACGAUCAGGUGAAAAUGGUAGUUCGGCAAAUGCUGCGCAGACACUGCUGGUGUCCUGCUUCUGAGCUGGCCUUGGGCCGUUGAAGACGGAGACGGUUCGCUUAACACCACCUCCGCCACCGAAGCUGGCGGAGAACCGGAGCGCAAUGCGUGUUAAAACUGUGCGGCAGAUCAAGAACCAGCAGCGGGUCAGCAGAAAGAUUCAGAACGAAUACGCAGCAGCAGCAACAGCAGCAGCAGCAGUAGCGGUGGAAAAUGAAACUGCGGUCAUCGUUGUCGCCAUUUCACCCGAAUCACCGCCCCCGGAGUCCACCAACUGUAUGAAUCCACCGUAUAGAAUGCCACCGCAGCCUCUCGGGACGUCGUCGUAUGGAGUGCAGAACGACCAUCCUAUUCCCGGUACAGCAGCCACUGGCAGUGCAACGAUAUCGGGCCCGACUUCAUCGCCGUCACUCACAGCAGUAACGUCCGCAGCGGGAACCGAUCUGUCCUCCCAGCAACAUUUACUACUGGGUUCGGCUCUGCGUACCCAUUCCAGCAAGUUUCCGAUCGAACGGGAGCUGGUGCUAUCGUCCAACAAAAACGCCUCCAAGAUUCCGUUGAUGCAAGACAACCGAAACACGAACAUCCCACUGCUGACCCGAUCGGGUACUUCCUCCGCGGCCGUCGGACCGGAUCUGCCGACCAAGCAGACACAGGCAUGGAAUCAAGCUCAAAUUGAAGUCAUUCAUUCUUCGCUCACGGGUGCGAUUCCCCGAAACGCGGUUCGGCUACCAGAAGACGUCACCGCCCUAGCGGAGCGCGAUAGCAGUUCCAAGGACAAAGAAACGGUUAAAAAAUCCGUCACGAAAAACUAUCACAAACUGAAGGACCUAAUAUCGUCUAAAUUCAAGAAAGACGCCCCAGAGGGGGCUGUAGACGAGCUAAACAACGUUUCCUCGAUGCUGCAGCAGCAGCACGACAGUCUCGGAUCAUCUUUCAUGAUGACGGGGGGAAACCCGAGCAAUAGUCUAAACCACGCCCAAUCCAACAUAAACUUGUGGAGUACGAACGCUAGAGGCGAUUCACCUUUGUACUAUCACAAAAAAUUCGCGGAUCCGGCAGAUGGUUACAACGGAGAUUCGCUGACCGGUUUCCGAAGUCUGAAAGCCAUGUCCCAACCACAGCUGAACACGGUUUCCGCACUUCAGAACUAUCCCAAUUUUUCACCAAAUGCGAUGGACGGAACAGAUAGCGAUGAUGGUGGCUUUCGCCAGCAUCACAACAACGGUCGGAUAAAUAUUCCAAACCCAAUGCAGCAGCAGCAACAGCAGCAGCAACCACAACAGCAUAGCCGGCAGCCGCAACAGAACUAUGUACACAAUUAUCGUCACAAUCAUUCGCAAGUAUCGAACCAGUCGGCCCAAGCUCCGCCAGUUCCAACAUCAUCCAGCUAUCAGCAAGUAUCCCAGACAAGGCACAAGCUGUUAGCGGAGUUUUCCGAUGGUCACACCUCGCACUCGCACGGAGGACAUACGACCAUCAACAUCGGAGAGUCCAGUUUUAAUGGGCACGAGCAGCAAACGUCUACCGCGGGUCAAAAGUCUGCGAAUCACAAGCUGACGAACGGAACUAACAACAACUCGGUCGUUCAGAUCGCUUCCGAAAUUUCGACGCAUGUACAACAAACCCAGAAGCAAAUCGAUUCCAUUUCCAGUUCGGACUACGAUAGGAACGGUAAUCACAGCUCGAAUGUCGACUCCGGGCGUGGAAGUGCCGCGUACUCCAGUGGCAGAAAGGGGACAAUCCAGCAGCAGCAGGUCAACAUGAAUCUAAUCGAACAGGUCGAGAGAAAUCGCAGCAAAUCGGAAUCGGAGUGGGUUGACGUCGUGGACGCUGAAUUACGUAACAUCCUGGAGCCGGGAAUCAAGGGAAUGAUGAUGCGUCCGGAGAGUACCAUGUCAGAGAGUGCCUCGUCGAUGUCACCCCCGUUGCCACCGCUUUCACCAGACGGAGGAAUCCAGUACAACAUGAGCAACGGUGGUAACGCCAGUCACAACAAAUCGAGUGGGAAAACUCAAAUGAAGCAGGAAUACGGAACCGAUACGUACAAUCGAGCGAGUAAAAAUCCACAACCCAUAGGACCAUCCAAGGGUAAUCCUUCCACGAACACCAUUCAAAAUUACAUGCACUACUUGAAGCUGUCCUCUAGCAGCAAAAAACAGGAACAGACGCUGCUCAAAAAACACCUGUUUGGUCUGGACUCUGACCGUGCAUCUGUCACGAACACAACUCGCUCGCUCGAUCUGGAAUCUCUGCUGGGAGGUCCCUGGGAAGCUGGUCAGUCAGUAUCGGAGUCCGAAACAGACGGCGGUGGCCUGCAGCAGAUCCGCAACCAGUUGGAAGGUCUGGAGUCCAUGUACAGUGAGGUGCUGAAAAUGCUCGGUAAUCGAAUGGCCGGCUACGACGUCCAACAGCGGAUGAACCGAAGACGUCGCCACGGUAGUCUGUCCUCGCUUCCGUCCAGUUCGGUUAGUGGCCGCCCGAUACGGGACCGUCGACGAACGGACGAACGCCGCAAAGUGCGCGACAUUCGAGGUAUCAACAAACGCUUCCAACGGCUGGAAUCGCACGUAGUCACUUUGGCUCGCAGUGUGGCACAUCUUUCAUCCGAGAUGCGCUCGCAGCACGUCGUUUCUCAGGAACUGGAGGAGAUCCGGAAUGAUAUGGCCAUGCUGCGGUCCCAGUCGAUGCAUCACAUUCCCUUGAAUGCCAGUACAUCGGCGGUGGCGGCUGGCAAUGCAACCACGAAGGAACCGAUGAAUCUAACCAACCCGAGACGGGUUAAGAAAUUGACCAAAUUCUUUGGCGAGGAUCCGCCACUAAUGAAGUUGUUUCUGAAGAAGCUUGGGUAUGAGAAAUACGCCCCCAUAUUCGAAAACGAACGGGUCGGAAUGAUCGAGCUGCCGUACCUAGGAGAGGAGAGACUGCAAAAGAUGGGUAUUCCGCUGGGGCCGAGGCUUCGAAUUCUGCAGGAAGCUCAAAUAUCGCUCUGCCGAGAUACUACGCUUUGCAUCGUGUAAACUCAGCAGCAACAGUUCGACUACGAAGGAAAAAAAAAACCCGGGACAAAACGAGCCAAAGAACACAACCUAUAAGCUGUACUAAUAUGCGCACAACAACUCCAGUGAAUUAUUCCGUUUUUGAGUUCGUAUAACUACCCCAGUUAGUAUUAUAAUUUUAAAUCUUUUAUACUAAGCGAACAUCUCGCGUCAAUGCUUAAAUGAUUAUAAAUAUGUAUGUAUAGGAACCUCUCCCCUCCCCCCUCCUUUUUUUUUCGUCAGCUCGUGUUGUCAGUAAGCAAACAUUUGAAUAACAUUAUUAAACUGCCACCACGGAUUGAAUACUCAACGUGAGGUUUACU